AUGUCAAAUUCAUUAAGGAUGAAUGACGUAUCCAAACCAGCACCAUCCCCACCAAACCAGGUGCUGCAACAUGAGAUCUUUUGUGUUGAUUCUGAAGGGCCUGAGGCCUUUGGGAUCACUUACAUGGUCAACAUCGGCGGCAAGUACAAAUCUUGCAGAAUGCCAAGUACCGAGGAAUAUAGAGAGUGGCACACAGCAAUCGUUGAAGUCUCAGGUUUCUCAGAGAUGCAUACUUUCAAGCAUGAAUUUGCAUGGAAAAUGUACUCAGCACCAAAGAAUCAGGACCCAGUGGCAGUUGACAACAAAACUGAUUAUGAGAUGAUGAUCAGUGAUGUGACCGAAAAAGUGAAGGGGAAGAAGGAACCGUCUGUCACAAUUCUUAUCACCUCUCUGAAAGAUGAAAUACCCCAUGGCAAGCAGAAGUCGAAGAAGGCAAAACUUGAGUCAUAUAAGCCAGACUUGUCAUCCCCUUCAAAUUCUGAUAAUGAUUCCGAACCCAAGCAAUGCAAAAUCCCCAAACUACCAGUCCGUGAUAUUGAAGAGAAGCUAAGGCAGAUGAAUGAUUUCUGCGAAUCACAUAAGUCGCACUGUUGUGUAUUAUCAACCCCUGGCUAUGUGGGCAAUCACGUUAUCUUGAACAAGUCUGCCAUUAAGCGCUGGGCCCAGUCAGUUGAUAAUGGCAUUGCCUCAUUUGAAGAACCGCCAAUGUAUCUUGUCAGAGAAAGUGUUGCUGGUGCUGAAGUCCCCCCUCCACCUGGUGGAAAGAAGAAUGAUGGCAAGACAAAAUCCACUUCUCAGCCAGCUCUACCACCCCAAACUUUGCCAUUGUCAGGGACAGCUCUGAAAGCAGCGAGGUCCUGGCGUGAGGGACUUGAUGGGACAGAUUGGGAAGUUGAGAAGAACGCUGCUUCUUCUGUUCCCACCCCAGUGUCAGGGUUCAGCACCCUGCCCUAG